GUUUCGCUACGGGCUCUCCAGUGUUCAACGCGUUGCUGGGUGGUGAGGUUGGGUCGGUAGGUUGAUUCCUUGGACUGGCUAAUCAACUAUGCGGUACUAUGAGGAUCCAUGCGGCUAUCCUGCUCGCCAUCACCAUGGUCGUCCAAAUAUCGAGAUUGAUGUGGUUCCCGGUUGGGGUGGCGCAUAUUAUCCGCCGCCGCCUCCGCCUCGGCCCACCGAGGUUGUCUACAUGACCCCGGCGGCCACCUAUGUGCCGGGACCCCAGGUGGUGAUCCCGCAGCCCUACGGCGGCGUUACGGUGACCCAAAACGGGUACUAUCCGCAGCAGGCCUACGAGUAUCAGUACCAGCAGUAUCCGCAGCCCUACAACAACACGCCCUACCAGCAGUGGUGAAGGAGGUGUUCAACUGGAUGUAAACCAUCGCUACAAUGUUCCAAGUUCCCUUCAAGUUCACUAGCAAAUAAAAUGUAUUGUCGAUAAAGUGUAACCGAUAGAUAACCGAAAAACCACGCACAUAUCUCCUUAUCUUAAUCUUAAGUUCUUGAAAUGACAACAAAAAUGGUGCAAUAGUACAGAUAUGGGUUCCAUUGAUAUGAAAGACAAUACAUACCAAUACGCUGAAGACUUAUAAAUAACAACGAUGGAAGUUGGCCAAAAGAGAUGACGGAAUUUAUUAUCAAAAGCAUUCUAAUUAACUCAUGGAACUAUUUAAAGCUAUUGUAACAAGUGAAGCUACGCAGCUAAUAAAAUAAAAUAAAUAUAAACUGUUGUUUUAAAUCAGAAGACACGAAUUUGUAAUGACUAUUUUCAAAAAACAAUUAAAGUUUCUAAAAUCAAAACUUGAAAAAUCAAUGGAUUGGCUCUCUUUCUUACAUUUUGUUAUUGCUUAUGAAGAAUAAAUAGACAACUUAGAAGUAACAUUACCUAUGAUUAUCCAGGAAAUUAAUAACUUUUUUUGAUAAAUUGUUAUAUAAAUACUUUGUGUUUGCUUUUUGCUUUCUCCUGUAUACUUCCCAUAGAAAUAAAAACCAAAAAGAAUGAAGAGUGAUUUAAAAUAACCUAUUUGUGUUAAUCAUUAAUAAUAAAACUUUGUAUUAUCCAAAGUCCCAA